AUGGCUCAAUCAACCAUUCGGCCUCCAUUCAACCCUCUGAUUAAUCCGGUGCACUCGAAGCCCGUGUUCGUGGAAGAACACAUCGAGUCUCAGCGCCACAUCCUACUAUCACGGCCAUAUUGCGGAGCUCUACUCUUUGAAAAUAGCACGUCGGAUGCUCGCGACCACUGUGCCAAUGAGCGCACCUUUCUCUCAUGGCUUCGUCUUUCUAUGUACCUGGCAGUUGUCUCACUAGCCAUCAUAAUUUCCUUUCAUUUCCGUGAUCAGCCAACCGGCUUAGAGAGGCGCAUGGCCUUGCCACUCGGGAUCAUCUUCUGGGUUCUCAGCUUGACGUGCCUGGCGAACGGUUUUGCAAAUUACUCGCGAACGGUCAUGAAGUAUGCCCGCAAGGCGGCUUUGGUACAGAGCGGGUGGAAGACCCAGGUUGUGUUUACAGUGGUGGGAACAGUGAUUCUGGGCAGUUGCAUUUUGUUUUUGUCAACCGACCCAGCUCAGUAA